CUUUUUCUUAGAGUCAUUUUUAUUCAACAACUGAGUCUGGCCUAAAAUUCGGAGCCGGCUGAUAUAUCCUUGUUUACCUCUUGUCCUCGUCUACUCAUCUUCCUUCCUGUAUUUCUGUCUCUGACGCACUCUACGACGAUAAUCAUGAGCAAACUCAACGCCGGUGCCUUCGAAUUCGUUCCAGGAAGGGCCUUUGGUGUCCCACCGCCUGUACAGCAGCCGCCCCCACCUCCGCCAGUGGAGCGCCCAGAGCAGCUCGAAGCGCCGCGUCCACCGCCCACCAUAUCUUUAAAUAUUGGCGGAUCUAGACCUUCUCCUUCCCCUUCUCCUUCCCCAGCACCGACAGCUGCGAAACGAACCCAAGAGAAGCCCAAAGAAACACCACCACAGACACCAAAGCCCAAAAACGACCCUCCUCCUCCAUCCAAGACGUUCACCCUCGAAAAGGCCAAGACUGACACCAAUGCCAUAGCCCAGGAGGUGAAGGCCGUCGCCGAUCAGACUGUCCUUGAUGAUCUAUACGGCUCAGUUAAAGAGCAUCUAAACAUCGUUUUCAUUGGACAUGUCGAUGCUGGUAAGAGUACUAUGGGUGGAAAUCUCUUGUUCAUGACCGGCAUGGUCGACAAGCGGACGAUGGAGAAAUAUGAGAGGGAAGCGAAGGAUGCUGGUCGAGAAACGUGGUAUCUCAGCUGGGCUCUCGAUUCCACGCCUCAGGAGCGUGCUAAAGGAAAGACCGUCGAAGUUGGCCGUGCAUACUUCGAGACGGAGAUCCGUCGAUACACCAUUCUUGAUGCACCAGGCCACAAGACCUUCGUACCAUCUAUGAUUUCCGGCGCUGCCCAAGCUGAUAUCGCUAUUUUGGUAAUAUCCGCCCGAAAGGGAGAAUUCGAGACUGGUUUUGAGAAAGGAGGACAGACGAGAGAGCACAUCAUGUUGGUCAAGACUGUCGGUGUGACGAAGCUUGUUAUUGCCAUCAAUAAAAUGGACGACACGACAGUCCAAUGGGACAAAGGGAGGUUCGAUGAAAUUAAGGACAAACUGACGCCUUUUGUCAGGGCGGCAGGCUUUAAUCCGAAGACCGACAUAACUUUCAUUCCCGUUUCCGCAUACACCGGUGUCAAUCUCAAGGAUCCUGUGCCCAAGAGUACGUGCCCUUGGUGGACAGGACCGUCCUUCAUACAAUACCUAGAUAACAUGCCCAUGGUUGACCGCAAGAUUAACGCCCCCCUUAUGAUGCCCAUCUCUGAAAAAUACAAAGAGCUUGGAACCGUCGUCGUCGGAAAAGUCGAAUCAGGUCACAUCCGCAAGGGAGAUACCCUAACCCUCAUGCCUAACAAAGACGUCGUCGAAGUUUCAGCCAUCUACAACGAAAUGGAAGACGAAGUAAACUCUGCUUUCUGCGGUGACAACGUCCGCAUCCGUCUGCGCGGUGUCGAUGACGAAGAUAUUUCUCCCGGAUUCGUGCUCACAAGUCCGCAGAAACCCAUCCACGCAGUUAGGCAGUUUGAGGCACAAUUGGCGAUUCUAGAGCACAAGAGUAUCAUUUGCGCUGGAUAUUCGGCUGUCAUGCACAUUCACACUUUGGCAGAAGAAGUUGUGUUAACUCAACUGUUGCACUAUUUCGACAAAAGCACAGGUCGCAAGUCUAAAAAGCCGCCACAAUUUGCCAAGAGAGGCCAGAAAAUCGUAGCUCUGAUAGAAACGACACUACCAGUCUGUGUAGAACGGUUCGUAGAUUACCCUCAGCUUGGGCGAUUCACACUCCGAGAUGAAGGGAGGACCAUCGCUAUCGGGAAGAUUACCAAGCUAGUAGAAGGACCCGUCGAAGAAGUGACAGAAGGCGUAUCAAGUCUUACUGUUACUUAAAGAAGUUAUAUAAAAUGUGUCCAUAGUCUCCUGUAUUGAAAUAUGUAGCAGAAUUGGCCUCCACGGUGAAAUGGCCGCCAUGCCUCAAGUGCUAGAAGUGCUAUCAUCGACAC